ACCAUGGAGACCCAGAGAGACAACCUCCCCUGGGGACGCUGGUCACUGUUGCUACUGCUGCUGGGCCUGGCAGUGCCUCCAGCCACUGCCCAGGACCUCAGCUACAACCAGGCUGUGCUCGGCGCCGUGGACGGCUACAACCAGCGGUCCUCGGAAGCUAAUCUCUACCGCCUCCUGGAGCUGGACCCGCAGAGGCCCGAUGCAGACGACAACCCCAGCACCCCGAAGCCGGUGAGCUUCACCGUGAAGGAGACCGUGUGCCCCAGGACGACGCAGCUGCCGCCGGAGCAGUGUGAAUUCAAGGAGAACGGGCUGGUGAAACAGUGUGUGGGGACAGUCACCCUGGGCCAGGCCGGUGGCUACUUUAACAUCAACUGUGCGGAGCCUGUGGAGUGUGGGGUCCUGAAGGCUGGAGGCCAAACGGCCAAAUCAGAGUUUGGAGGGGCCCCGGACACUGGUGAGGAAGCAGACUGGGUUCUGGGGAGAGCCUGGAGCCCGGAGGAGGUGCAGUCCGGGGGCUGUGGCUGCACCUAG